AUGUUCGCAAACACACAGACGCAUGCGCAUGCCUAUGAAGUCGCUCUUUUCGGUGAAUUUUUCGCUCGGGAUCUCAAGGCGAUUCUCAAUCGCCUCACACUGCACACGGAGUCUGCAGCACCCAUGCACACCCGUGAAAUUUUAUUCGAGCAGUUCGGAGUUCAGUCACAAGUACAAGGAGAUGAGCCAGCGUUGCUGAGAGCAAAAAAAGAACUGGGAGAUGGGACGGAAAGCGGAUGGACGCUUUUCUCAUACCUCAAGCCGGAAUCCGUACGCGUUCAUCCCGAGGCCACUGUCAGACCAUGGGCCACUUGCGAAGUGAUCGGUGAUGCCCUCAGUUUCGCUUCGGCGCUGGGAUAUGUACAACGAUCACAAAUCUACAAACGUGGAUAUGCAUUUCGAAGAGGAGCUCUGAUAAUACAAAUGUUCCAGCAAGAGCAGGUUGACCCGAAGACCUCCCUCCCUAUACCAGCACAUACCGACACACUUUGGGAGGUCGAGGUCAAGACCGCCACUCAGGUUAAUACGUCCGCACCAGCAUCUGGCGGGCAUGUGCAAGUGAGCACAGUCCGCGCAGCUAUUGAUGCUGUUCUCGAAGUUCAGCUUAUCAUGAAAGGACUAUUGGACCUCCGGCGACAGGACUUGUAA